AAUUAAUUCUUUGAUAAUUUUUUCGUUUGUAAAGUAAGGUCACAGGUUUCCUGUAGUGUAUUUUUAGAAACAAAAACUUGAUCAGUAUCAAUUCGAUCAGUGUAAAAUAAUAAGUUAUAAAUAAAAAUGUUACCGUCACUAUUUGAAUGGGACAAUUAUACAGAAUGUAUCCAAAAUGGUAACGAAUACUGUAAAGUGCAAGGAAUAUUGAAAAUUCCAGUUUCCAAUACAUCUCUUUAUAAUUUGUUUGAGGAAAGGAAAAAUAAUGAGAACUUUCUGGAUCCAAGUUUAGUUUAUCGCGCAAUAUGUGUAGAUAAGCAAGAAGUUGAUGAACGAAACAUAUCAAAAAUUCAAUAUUUAUAUAAUGAAAUUAACAAAAAAUUAGAAAUGUAUCAUGUUUCUUCAGAAAUUGAAAGUUAUUACUGCACUGACGGAAAGGCACAUGUAAAUGAUUAUGACAUAAUUAUACUUAUUGGAACAAUAUUGUAUAUUUUGAUGGUCUUAUAUGCAACUUGUUUUACUGACAAAACCAGUACUAGUGGUCUGAAACAUUUUUCCUUGUAUAACAGUUUUGCAAAGAAAAUGGACAUUUCUAAGAUAAAACUGGCACAUUUGAAUAGCUUUCGGUUUAUAUCGUUGCUAAUUGUUAUUUUUAUACAUAUGUCUUUGCAAUGGCUUGGUAUAUACGUUGAAAAUCCAGAAUUUCUUGCCGAAACUUAUAUGACUCCGCCUUAUUUGGUGCAUUUUAGAAAAUUUUUCAGCGUUGUAGUUCUGAGUUUCUUUUUGAUUUCCUCUUGGUUAGCAACAGAACGCAUACACGGGAUUUUCAGGGACCACGGAGAAUUUUCUGUAAAGCACUUCGGUAUUAUCUUAAUCAACAGAUAUUUCAGAUAUACAGCAGCUCCGAUAUUCGUAAUUCUCACAAUUUCUAACUGGAAAUACUUAUUAAGUGGCCCAGUUAAUUUCGAUUUCUUACUUCAGAGUGACGAAGUCUGUAGAAAAUAUUGGUGGAGUAGUGUGUUGUGCCUCAAUAAUUUCUUCUCAAUAGAACAGGUGUGUAACAUGCACAUGUGGUUCAUCUCUGCAGAUUUCCAAAUAUACGUGAUAAUUGCAUUGACGCACUACGUCAUUUUUAGAAAAAAAUUGAACAUAAUUAGGACACACUGUAUAAUUCUCUUUGUAUUCUGUUGUUUACACGGAUGUUUAUUAUACACAUAUAAUGUUGGAACAGGAUUCACUCCAACAAUGAGAAGUAUGUUCUCAUAUAAUUUAAAUAAGUCGCUGUCGUUUUCUAUAGGCUAUAUAUCCACUUUUGCGAACGUUUCUAGUAGUUUCAUUGGAGUCAUUCUAGGGAGUGUUCGUUUCAUAUAUGGUGAUGUAAAAUUUUCGCCAUCUCGUCGACUAAUAUUAUUAUGGAAAACUUCGGUGAUUGUACUGCCCAUUUUAGCUCUACAAUUGAGUAUUGCAGAAGGUAGAGGAUGGAUCGAAGCCGUUUUGGGGUCAAUAUGUCGGCCUAUGAUCACUUUAGGUGCCGGAUUGUUUUUAUUGGGCAUCUCUUUCAAUUUAGGAGGUAUAAUGAAGAGAAUUAUGCGUAACAGAUACCUUGUUAUUUUGGGUAACUUCUGUUUUCCAAUAUAUGUCACUCAUUUUAUUAUUUGCCGUUUCGCUUAUACUUCUGUACCUCCAAGAAUUUCUAAUGUAAUAAUAGUAAUGGAUUAUUUAAAAACUCUUGCGAUUUCUAUUAUUGUGGGAAUCAUAUUCGGUCUGAUAGUAGAAGAACCAUUCGGAUCAUUACAAACAUCUCUUUUACCACAACUUGGAAAAUCUUAUAAGAUUAAAAAGGAAUAAAAUUAUAUAUAACUUUUUGAUCCUG